AUGUUCACAGGCAUCGUGGAGACAAUAGGCACCGUAUCCGCCCUCGAGAAGCAGGAUGACACCUCCAGCGGCGGCGGCGGAACCUCAUUGACAAUAUCAAACGCCGAAGAAAUACUCGGGGAUGCGCACCUCGGCGACAGCAUAAGCAUCAACGGAACCUGCCUCACCAUCACCGAAUUCGACACCUCCUCCUUCAAAGUCGGCGUCUCGCCCGAAACCCUCCGCCGCACCAACUUAGGCUCCCUCACGAAGGGGAGCGCCGUAAACCUCGAGCGCGCCGUCUCCGCCGCAACCCGCAUGGGCGGCCACUUCGUGCAAGGCCACGUCGACACCAUCGCAACCAUCGCCUCCAUCACGCCCGACGGGAACGCUCUAACCUUCCGGCUUUCCCCACGAGACAAGAGCGUGCUACGCUACGUGGUCGAGAAGGGCUAUGUGACGCUUGACGGGGCGAGCUUGACGGUCACGAAGGUGGAGGAUGCGAAGGGGGAAGAGGGGGGGUGGUGGGAGGUGAUGCUGAUAGCGUAUACGCAGGAGAAGGUCGUCAUGGGGCGGAAGAAGGAGGGGGAGGACGUGAAUGUCGAGGUUGAUAUGGUGGGGAAGUAUGUUGAGAAGAGCGUCGCGGGGUAUUUUGAGGGGCAGGGAGGUGGGGAGAUGCCGGUGUUGGAGAAGAUGGUGGCGAGGAUGGUGGAUGAGCGGUUGAAGGGGCUGGGGGUGAGGUGA